AAGCAUAUGAAACGGUAAAGUAUAAAAGGCACAAAAAUGACAAAGUAAGUCAUUCGAUAACUGGUUGAGUGGAGAGGAACUACUUUGAAAAAUGAAACUUUUCUUCUUUGCUACUGUCGUGGCAGUUUUCUGCGUACAGGCUCUACAUGGUACUCCUGUGGCGAAUUACCGUACAACAACAUCUAAUAUAGAAGAUUUACCUCCGGAACUUAGACAACUCUUAGAAAAAGCUGAAGGUAAAAGUGGCCAAUACUCUUACUCCUAUUCGUCUGGUGGAAAAUCUAUCGGUGGACAAACAAGCGGAAACCAAUUCACCUCUGGGGGACCAUCUGAUAAUGGUGUCAUAUAUUCAUUUCAACAAUCAUCCAAUAGCGGAGGAUCAUCUCAUGGUGGACAAUUUAACGGAGGAGCCUCUGGUGGACAAUUUAACGGAGGAGCAUCUGGUGGACAAUUUAACGGAGGAGCCUCUGGUGGACAAUUUAACGGAGGAGUCUCUGGUGGACAAUUUAACGGAGUAGUCUCUGGUGGACAAUUUAACGGAGGAGCCUCUGGUGGACAAUUUAACGGAGGAGCCUCUGGUGGACAAUUUAACGGAGGAGCCUCUGGUGGACAAUUUAACGGAGGAGCCUCUGGUGUACACUUUAACGGAGGAGCCUCUGGUGGACAAUAUAACUCCGGUAGCGCAACUGUCAACGGAGGCACCACUGGGUCGUCCACAAUCACUAAUGGAGGCACCAGCGGAUCAACCAUAUUCACCUCUGAGUCAACCACAAUCAUCAAUGGAGCUACCUCCAGCACAGUCACUGACGGAACAACCACCACUGACGGAACAACCACCACUGACGGAACAACCACCACUGACGGAACAACCACCACUGACGGAACAACCACCACUGACGGUACAACCACCACUGACGGAACAACCACCACUGCCGGAACAACCACCACUGACGGAACAACCACCAAUGACGGAACAACCACCAAUGACGGAACAACCACCACUGACGGAACAGCCACCACUGCCGGAACACCCAUCAUUGUCGGAACAACCACCACUGACGUAACAACCACCACUGACGGAACAACCACCACUGACGUAACAACCACCACUGACGGAACAAUCACCACAACGGUCAUUGAGGGCGGUUCAACGAUCAUUGAAGGCUCUGCACCUUGCGGUUGUGGUAAUAAAGACGGUCACGGUCACUAUGACUUCAAUAUCGAUGACUUCGAUCUAAGCACAAUCGAUUUAGAAGACUUCAGCUCUCAAUCGACCUUAAUUCAGAAAAAGUACGACGGAGAGUGCGAGAAACGAGUCGCAAGACUUAACAAUGACAACGAUAAGCUUACAAAUCAAUUGAAAAAUGCUAACAAAUCUAUUGCAAAAUUAACUGAAAAAAAUAAUUGGUUUUUGGGUGAACUAGAACAAUGCAGAGACGAAUAUAAUUGCAUGUCUGAUGAUUUCGGAAUCUUGUCGAUCGACAUUAAAAUUUGGAUGAAGAAAUAUCAAUUAGCUUACGCCGAACUGACAAAAUUGAAAACUGUAAUAAUUGCGGCAAACAACGACAUUUUGUCAUGUAAGACAAAGGCAGAAAGUUUGUACAUCGAAUACACCAAAGCCAUCCAAAUUAACGUUCAAAAUACCAACAUCAUCAACGAAUACACCACAACAAUUACGAACCUUCGCCAGACAAUCAGCGAAAUUAACAUUAAAAUUAACAACUGCGGAUCAGAAUCUGGUGAAUGGAAAAGGAAGUACGAAGCUGAAUUGAGUAACAGUGCUUCGUUAUCGGUAAUCAUCAGCAACUAUGAAAUCAAAAUUGCUGACUUGAAGUCCGAGAACGAAAAAUUGACCAACAAUCUAUCCGGUUGUCAAGGCAAAAAUCACCAGUAUGAUAUAGAUAUUGAUGGAUUUAAGAACACUAUCUCCGAAAUGACUAAAGAAAAUUCCAAGAUCACCACCGACUUGAAUAACUGCAACGUAUCUCUUAACCAGUUGACUAUUGACUGGAACGUAGAUGAACUAGAAGAUUUAGCUAACAAAGCAGUUCUAGACCAACGAACGCUUGAACUAGGAGAAUGCAACAUUAGAAUUAGUCAAUUGGAAAUUGAUUGGCAAACCGAAAAAGCUCGUGCUAAUGACUUAGGCGAUGAUAUCGUUAGAAUUCGUGGCCAAUGUCAAGAUAAAUACGACCAAUACGACAUCGAAAUUUCUCAAUUGAACAUAUCAUUCCAAGAACGAUUAGAUCAAUGCCAAGUCGAGCUUUCAACCGAACGAAACACCGUUGUCAAUAUCAAUAUCGAUAUUACCAACAUUCGAAACGACCUCAUUGACAUCACGAAUAAAUUGACCACGGCUAACCAGAUUUCAUCCGAAUGGGAGGCGAAGAGCCAACAAUGUGAACUCACUGCAAUCACUCUAAACGAUACAAUUCAGAUCUUGAGAAAUACUAUUGAUGAAACCAACGGGCAGCUUAACACUUGCGUCGAAAAUGGCAACAACCUACAAGGUGAAUUGACUACAUGCCAAGAAAGCAAUGCCGAAUGUGAAGAAAAUCUCGCUGAUUCUGAGAAGGAAGUCGUCGAUAGAGAUGCCACCAUUGAGGGAUUGUUGAGUGAUAUCACAGACCUUACAGAUGACAAUGCAACGUGCAACAGCGAACUUGGUAAUUUACGUUGUGCCAUCAAUAAAUUCCUACCAGUCAUCGAAAAUGCAGAAAAUAAUGCUAAGAACCUACUUCUCGAUAUUGAGGGCAUUCUCGACGAGAACAAGAAUAACCUCAGCAACUUCGUUGGUGGUCAAGAUCUUACAUGUGAAACGUGCGGAGCCGAUGCUCCAUGUAUCCAGGUUGCAGCUUAAAUUCAGCAGUAGGAUGAGGAGGACGUUUAAUGAAUUAACUAAUUUCUUUUAUUGAAUCAUUUCUUUUUUGUCAAAAUUUCAUGCAAUAAACUUUUUGGGGUAAAUAUUA